AUGGAUUAUGAAGAUCCAUGGAUAUUUAGGGCUAGAGGAGGAAAUAAAAAGGCUAUUGAAAUAUGUCCAGAAGAGCGACCAUUUACAUUAAGUGAUGAACAUUUUAAAGUUAUCGAAGAAUAUGGAGUUCAAUUUGAUGUGGAA